AUGGUCAACAGUCUUGCCGUGAAGCAAGAAACACCAGCAGCUGUGCCAGGUGUCCCUAAGGAAGAGUCACAUCCUAAGGAGGAGGACCCUUCUCCUAUGGUGGAAGACGCUGAUGAGUCUUCUGCUGUCGCCUUUGAAGCUGGGGUCAUCCCAGAACCCAGCAUGGAUGGGGUUGAGACUUUCACUGUUCAGAUCAUGGAUGCCAUGCAAACUGUCUUGAACAAAUUUGGGUCAACUGGACAAUUCUUGAGGAACCGUUUUGCAUCAACCAGUGACGCCAAAGAGUUCAUGAACUACCUGUAUGAUGUUGCUGAGCCUGAUGUGUAUCGCCAUUGUCUCAAACACCCUUUGCCCACAGUGACUUUGGACAAGUUAGACAGGUCUGAAGUCCAGUGUUUGCCUUUGGCAGCGUUUUCUUUCCACUCAGAGUGCUCUGUGAAGCCUGACUCUGAUCAGACCCUUGCGCUUUCUUUAGCCAGGCUCAUUCUGAAGCAAGGCUUUUGCAGUAGUGAAGAGCCGCUUUUGUGCACUCACAAGGGUGAUUUGAUCUCAAGUUCAACUCUGUGUCUACUCCCUCCUCCCUGGGAAGUACUUGGUCCUUUGCCACCGUUCAGCGUCGGCUAUGUCAAAGGCAAGGCCCGCAUGCAUACCUUGCUUACCAUUCUGGCGAUAUGCAUGGACAAUAACAUUGCCUUAAACAGUGCAUCCAGAGCUUGCAACAUCAAUCAAGUACAUCCACUGUCACAUCACAGAGGGGCAUUCCAAAGUCCAAGAAGUCUUGCACAAUUUCAAGGUGUCAGUGCGGGGUGA